AUGUCGCUCGCGCCGCCCGCCUUGGCCGCCGUGCCCCCCGCGCCGCCUGGGCCGCCGCCCGGUCCGGCCUCCGCGCCACCGCCCGCCGGCGCCGCGCCGCCCCGGGGGAGGAGGCGGCGGCAGCGGGCGGGCCGGGCCCGCAGCGAGGGGGCGAGCUCGCGAGCGCCAGGCCACGCGCGGAGCCGCCCGCGCGGCCCGACCGACGGACACGGGCGCACCAUGGGCCCGAGCUACGCGCCGCGCCCUCUCGCCCCGCACCGCGCCUGCCACGGGGGGGCGGCCGGCUGUGUCCGCGCCGCCGCCGCCGCAGUGUCCCCGCCCCCGGCCCGCGCCGCGCGCCCCCCACGCGCGCCCACCCGGCCACGCGCCCCCCGCCCACGCCCCGCCGUGCGCGCGCGCGCCCGAUCCCCGCCCCCAACCGACACCACUUUCACGCUCACACACUGCCACGCUCCCUCGGCCUCCAUCCUCUCACGCCUCACACACGUGUGCCCCCAGGAAUCAGUCACACCGGGGCCCACACUGCCUCACUCCGCUUUCCGGACUCCCUCACCCACCAUCCUUCACCAUCCCCUACCCUCACUCUCCCACCUGGACCCCUGA